CAAGAAUUAUUUUAGGGGUUUCUGGAGGUUUUGGCUCUGAUUUUGGCCGCAACUUAGUGUCUGUGUGAGUCCGAGAGAGAGAGAGAGAGAGAGGGAAAGGAUGUCUUCCUCAUUGCCACUGUUGAUCGCUCUUCUGUUAUUAUUCUUCCAGCUUGGAGCUCGUGUAGAUGCGCUUUAUGGACCUUCAUCUCCUGUAGUUCAAUUAAGUCCUUCCAACUUCAAGAACAAGGUUUUAAACUCAAAUGGAGUUGUUCUGGUUGAGUUCUUUGCGCCAUGGUGUGGCCACUGUCAAGCUCUGACACCCACAUGGGAGAAGGCAGCCACCUUGUUGAAGGGCGUGGCCACUGUAGCAGCUCUUGAUGCUGAUGCACACAAGUCACUUGCUCAGGAGCAUGGUAUACAAGGGUUUCCGACAAUAAAGGCUUUUGUACCUGGAAAGCCUCCAGUAGAUUACCAAGGAGCAAGGGAUGCCAAAGCCAUUGCAGAAUUUGCACUCAAACAGAUUAAGGCUCUUGUGAAGGAACGCUUGAAUGAGAAGCCAGCAGGUGGAUCAAGUGAGAAAUCUGAACCAAGCGCAUCAAUAGAACUGAACUCUCAAAUUUUUGAUGAUAUGGUACUUAAAAGUAAAGAUCUUUGGAUCGUGGAGUUCUUUGCACCCUGGUGUGGACACUGUAAAAAGUUGGCACCUGAGUGGAAGAAAGCUGCAAAUAACUUGAAGGGGAAGGUGAAACUGGGCCAUGUUAAUUGUGAUGAAGAAAAGUCUCUGAUGAGCAGGUUCAAGGUGCAAGGAUUCCCCACCAUCCUGGUAUUUGGUGCUGACAAGGACAUUCCAGUCUCAUAUGAGGGUGCAAGAUCUGCCUCAGCUAUUGAAUCGUUUGCAUUGGAACAGCUGGAAACGAAUGUAGCACCCCCUGAAGUGAAUGAGCUGACUAGUGCUGAUGUAAUGGAAGAGAAAUGUAGUUCAUCUGCCAUCUGCUUUGUUGCUUUCCUCCCUGACAUUUUGGACUCUAAGGCCGAUGGGAGGAACAAGUACCUUGAGCUCCUGCUAUCUGUUGCAGAGAAGUUCAAAAGGAAUCCUUACAGCUUCGUUUGGGCAGCUGCUGGUAAGCAACCAGAACUUGAAAAGCAGGUUGGUGUUGGUGGGUAUGGUUAUCCAGCUUUGGUAGCAUUGAAUGUCAAGAAGCGAGUUUAUACCCCCCUCCGGAGUGCAUUCGAACUUCAGCAAAUCACAGAGUUUGUGAGGGAAGCUGGGUAUGGUGGAAAGGGCAAUCUGCCUCUAGAGAAUUCCCCCGUGAUUGUUAAAACAGAACCGUGGGAUGGCAAAGAUGGAGAAAUCCUUGAAGAGGACGAGUUCUCCCUUGAAGAGCUCAUGGGAGAUGACACUGCACGCAAGGAUGAGUUGUAAAACUUUCUGUAGAGGAGAAGCCUGAGAAAGAAAAAGGAAAAGAAACAAAAUGGCGGGAGUACUGACAGGAACUGUUUUUUGUGUCAUCUAAUUAAUCUGUACUGUCAGGAGUUGCAUCAACAUUUUCCUUUAUGAAAUUGAAUUCUUCUGUAGUGAGCAUUGGUGGUAUUACUGUUUUCCCAUAGUCCAAUUAUCAUGUUCUUUCUA